AGAGUCUGUUGAAUGGAUUAAUGUGUUACAAACCUGAUGAUCCAAUUGAAUAUUUGGAAAGCUGUUUGCAGAAAGUGAAAGAGCUUGGAGGGUCAGAAAAAGUGAAAUGGGACACUUUUGUCAGCCCAGAAAAGAAGAGCCUGCCUCCACUCAAUGGAGGACAAUCCAGGAGGACUUUUUUCAGGAAUGUGAUGCCUGAUAAUUCUAACUUCCCAUACCGGCGGUAUGACCGACUACCUCCAAUCCAGCAGUUCUCAAUAGAAAGUGACACCGACCUCUCUGAAACUGCUGAGCUGAUUGAGGAGUAUGAUGUAUUUGAUCCUGCAAGACCUCGACCAAAAAUUAUCCUUGUCAUAGGUGGCCCAGGAAGUGGUAAAGGAACACAGAGUUUGAAAAUAGCAGAACGUUAUGGAUUUAACUACAUAUCUGUUGGUGAAUUGUUAAGGAAGAAGAUCCACAGCACAAGCAGCAAUAGAAAAUGGAGUCUAAUUGCCAAAAUAAUUACUACUGGAGAACUGGCCCCUCAGGAAACAACCAUAACUGAGAUAAAGCAGAGAUUAAUGCAGAUCCCUGAUGAAGAGGGUAUAGUGAUUGAUGGAUUUCCCAGAGAUGUUGCCCAGGCAAUCUCCUUUGAGGACCAAAUCUGUACCCCAGAUUUAGUGGUGUUUCUGGCAUGUUCCAGUCAAAGGCUGAAAGAAAGGUUACUGAAGCGUGCUGAACAGCAAGGGAGACCCGAUGAUAAUCUGAAAGCCACUCAAAGAAGACUAAUGAAUUUCAAGCAGAAUGCCGUCCCAUUGGUUAAAUAUUUCCAGGAAAAAGGGCUAAUCAUCACAUUUGAUGCAGACAGAGAUGAAGAAGAAGUGUUCUUUGACAUAAGUUCGGCAGUUGACAAUAAACUAUUUGCAAACAAAGAGGCUGCAGCGGGGCCAAAUGAACUUGAUUGCAGUCUGAUUAUGGAUUCUGGAGAUACUGUUUAUACAGAAUUCGACUUUGAAGACCAGGAGGAAGACCAGUCAAGUUUUUCUGGUUAUGAGAGCACUGGAGACUUUUCAGAAGAUCUGAGGAAACCAAAUAUAAUUUUUGUAGUCGGUGGGCCUGGCUCUGGCAAAAGUAGCCAAUGUGAACAGUUAGCCAAGAAAUACGGAUUUACUCACCUGUCCACUGGUGACCUUCUCCAAAAUGAGUUAUCGUCAUUAUCAGAGAGAAGUAAAUUGAUCAAAGACAUCAUGGAAUGUGGUGAACCUGUGCCUGGCGGUAUUGUCCUAGAGCUACUGAAGGAAGCCAUGGUUUCCAAGUUAGGGGACACAAAAGGAUUUCUGAUUGAUGGGUAUCCCCGGGAGCUGAAAGAAGCAGAAGAUUUUGAGAGCAAGAUUGGGGAACCAAAACUCGUGUUCUGCCUGGACUGCUCUACAGAAACCAUGAGCAGUCGCCUUCUGAUAAGAAAUCAGAGCAGUCAGCACUCUGAUAAUGCCGAAACCAUCAAGGAAGGAAUCGAAAGCUAUUACCAAGCGUCAAAACCUGUGACUGAAUACUAUGAAAGGAAGACACAGUUAUGCAAGGUUGAUGCAGAUGGAACACAGGAGGAUGUUUUUCUGGAAGUCUGCAAGACAAUUGACUCUUUUCUGAAAAAGGAGGAGGCACCGUUUUCUUUUUCAACAGAGUCUCAGUAAUGGUGUGUACACAGCCUCACCUCACACGCACUCGACAGUCACAGUUAAAAUGCUGUUCAAAGCAAUCCCGCUUUCUGGAGAGGUAUCUGGAAUUUGUGCAUGUGGUACCUUAU